CACAUUUUCGACCAGCCCUAUUGCUUGGUCUCGCACACUCAAUACUCUCUAACUAUUGAACAGCUGGUCCGUAAGGGGUUUUGUCAUUCUUCCCCCUUCAACUGCAUACUACAACCCUCCAAAAUUUACACUGCGCCGGAUUUAGUUAUAUCCGUAUUUUAAUCAAUUUUCAUGAAAACGGAAAUGAUUGGUUAACAUUGAAAUAAUAUCACUUGCCGGAAAAAGUAAGUAUUUCUAGUGAACAUGCCGAAGUUGUAUCUAUUGAUUCCUCUAUAUUUACUUGCCGAAUUUGCAAAGUGUAAUACAGAUACAACAUUUAUGCCAACUAAAUGCGAGAUAUGUGCUUUGACAAGUAUGGAGUUCGAAGCAAAAUCCGUGAAAGUCCACAAGAGACUUUCAUCGGAAUUUGCUGACAUCACUGAAAAUAUCUGUAACGGUUUCAAUGAGUUUAAAAUACAUAAGGAAAAAACUGGUCUGGAAAGGUUUUCAAGAGCUCAGUCAAAAACUAUUGAAACAUUAAAACAAAUGCGGGAGAAGGGAGUGAAGGUUGAACUCGGCAUGCCAUUCGAAAUGUGGGAUCAACCAUCUGCGGAAAUUUUUGCACUUCGACAAGGAUGCGAGUCCCUUCUUGAAGACUAUGAAGAUCUCAUUGAAGAAUGGUUUAUUAACAAAGCAAGUCUAGAAGAUCUCUUCAAACAACUAUGUGCUCGUAAUGCUCUGAAAAACCAGGAAACUAGUUGCUUCGAUCACCUGGACCACAAACAAGAAUUAUGAUUAUGAUUGUUUGUAUUGUGAUCUUUAUUUAAAAUAUGGUAAUAAAUAUUAUGAAUUC